GAGACUGGAGCUGAUGCAGAUCACACAAGCAUAUUCAGCAGUUCAGAGUUUUACUGAGAGAAUCCACGGUGUCUUUGAACUGUUGUUCCUGUAAAGCUGAACCAUGAGCCUUGGACCGGGUCCAAGGGACGGACUGGAUUCACUUUAACCCAUCUGGGCUGACUGGACACAGUUCAGAGACAGGAGAAGGUUUUCCAUCUGGAUCCGUGGACUGAGGUCAGACAACAUGCCUCAAACGCCACCGUUCACAGAGCAGCUGGGACCCAGUGGGUACCAGAACUCAUACCAGACCACAGAGGACAGCCGUGCAGGCCUCUGUUAUCAGGACAACAACCUGGUGUCUGGGUCCCUGGAGGCCCUCAUCCAGCACUUGGUCCCUACUGUCGAAUAUUUUCCAGAUAGGACAUAUAUAUUCACCUUCCUGCUCAGUUCUCGUCUGUUCAUCCAUCCAUAUGAACUCAUGUCCAGAGUGUGUUACCUGUGCAUGGAGCAGCAGCGACUCAGUGAUGCCCACACAGAUGAGACACAAGUCAGGAAUCUUGCUCCCAGAAUGGUGCAGCUGCUGACAGAGUGGACAGAAACGUUCCCUUACGACUUCAAAGAUGAGAGGAUGAUGUGUAGUCUGAAACAGCUGACUCAGCGACUGGCCAACGGAGACCAGCAGGUUUACAGGAAAGCGGUGGUCCAGAUGAGUCAGGGUCUGCUCAGGAGGUUGACGGUGCUCAGCCAGUAUGAGGAGGCGCUUUCCAAGAUCAAUGCCACAGCAGCAGAGCAGCUAACAGCUGUGAAGGUCAAACCCCAAGUGACAAUCCACAAAGACCUGUUGUCCAUCUGUAGUGACCCCUUCACUGUCGCCCAGCAGCUCACGCACAUAGAACUGGAGAGACUGGGUUACAUUGGACCGGAAGAAUUUGUCCAGGCCUUCGUCCAAAUGGACCCUCUGGACAAUGAUACGAGUUGCGUCAGGGUUCAUCAGAGGACCAACACCCUGGAGGCCUACGUUGAAUGGUUCAACAGACUGAGUUAUCUGGUGGCGACAGAGAUCUGCAUGUCUGUGAAGAAGAAACAACGGGUACGCGUCAUUGAAUUCUUCAUCGACGUGGCACGUGAAUGCUUCAACAUCGGCAACUUCAAUUCCCUCAUGGCCAUCAUUUCUGGCAUGAACAUGAGUCCUGUGUCUCGACUCAAGAAGACCUGGAGCAAAGUCAAGAUGGCCAAGUACGACAUCUUAGAACACCAGAUGGAUCCUUCAAACAACUUCUACAACUACAGAACAGCACUGAAAGGAGCAACACAGAGGUCGAUCACCGCCAACAGCAACAGAGAGAAAAUCGUCAUCCCCUUCUUCAGCUUACUCAUAAAAGACAUCUACUUCCUGAACCAGGGCUGUGUCAACAGGCUGCAGAAUGGACACGUCAACUUCAAGAAAUUCUGGGAACUCGCCAAACAAGUGAGUGAGUUCAUGACCUGGAAAAAAGUUGAGUGUCCAUUUGAGAAGGAUCGUAGGAUCCUUCAGUACGUCCUGACGGCGCCGGUGUUCACUGAGGAUGAUUUGUAUCUGGCAUCAUAUGACAGUGAAGGUCCUGAGAACAACAUGGAGAAGGACAGAUGGAGGACUCUGAGAUCCACUCUUCUAACUCCAGCGUAAACCAGCUGAUGCUCUUGUACGAACUGAAGAAUCCCAAGUUUGAGGAGAAAUAAUCAUCUGUGCUUUACUGAGGAGGACUUCUGGAGUUCCUUCACUCACAUUUCUCUGUCUUUUCCUGACCUUCCUGGUCUUGGUGCUGUAUAUUUCAGAACAGAUAUUUUUGUAUUUUUUAAAAGAAAAAUGUCAGAUUUUCCUACAAAACCAUUUAAUACAUUUUUAAACUGAAGCCAUCAGUCAGCUGCUGGUUGGUUAACAGAACACAAACCCUCUGGUGCUUCUGGUCCCUCUGGUUCCUCUGUUUCCUUUGGUUCCUCUGGUCCUUGUGGUCCCUCUAGUUCCUCUGGUCUUUCUGGUUCCUCUAGUUCCUCUGGUCCCUCUGUUUCCUUUGGUUCCUCUGGUUCCUUUGGUUCCUCUGGUUCCUUUGGUUCCUCUGGUCCUUGUGGUCCCUCUAGUUCCUCUGGUCUUUCUGGUUCCUCUAGUUCCUCUGGUCCCUCUGGUUCCUCCAGUUCCUCUGGUUCCUCUGGUCCCUCUGGUUCCUCUGGUCCUUGUGGUUCCUCUGGUUCCUCCAGUCCUUGUGGUUCGUCUGGUUCCUCUGGUCCUUGUGGUUUCUCUGGUCCCUCUGGUUCCUCCAGUCCUUGUGGUUCGUCUGGUUCCUCUGGUCCUUGUGGUUUCUCUGGUCCCUCUGGUUCCUUAUUAACUUCAUAAAGAACUCCAACCUCAACACUCCUGUUGAAAUGAUGAAGCUGUCACUACCCCCCCCCCCCCAAAGGGGAGGUCAGGGGUAUUGUUUUUGGUUCAGUUUGUUUCUUUGUUUGUUUGUUUAACACUUUAGCAGCAAAACUAUUAGUUGAAUUCAGAACAAAUUGGGUUUAUAA